UCAGUUGCAAGCACGACAAAUAUAAUUACGAUAUCAGAAUAAUAUUAUAAAAAUGGUAAAAAUAAUAUCACAAAAACUUUAAUACAUAAACGUAUAAUAUAACUUUUAAGUUAUAACCAUAAUAACACUCGUUAAUCAUUAUAAAAAAUUGUUAUGUAAGCAUACACAACAAUAAUAUUCCAUGUUCGAAGAUGUUGUACAAUGUAUAGACAUGUUUUUUUAAAAUAAAUAAUAGUGUUAGCUAUAAAAGAGACCCCUUAAUUCAACAUGGCAUCCAAGAAUACUUUUACAACCUUGUAUAUUUAUGACAGCUACUCAUCGAGGUUCGGCAAGAUUUAUGCAAUUAAGUUAGUAAAUGAUAAAAUUGAUGAAAUAAAAUUCGAUAUUACUGAGCGGGUUGAAAAACGUGAUGACAUUGAUCUUAUAUACAAAACGUUCUCAUCAGUCACGCUUUUGCUGCAGGAUAAAGACCUCAUAAUCAGAAUUUCAGACAGGGAAAUCAAAACUGGCACUUCAAGAAGACCAAAAGAUAUGACGUUCGAAAUAGUAAGACCAAAGAUGACACAGGUUUCGAUAUUGGGUGGAGUGGACGCGAAUAUUUAUACUGCGACGCGUGAGAUAUCGUCACUGCAUGAUUGCGAGACCGUAAAGAUGGAGCUUCCCACGUUUGCAGUUUUACUAACUCCAGACCAAGUGGACGCAAAAUUUGACGCUCGACGUAGAAGACGUGAAGAUAGGGAAAAAGGAUUGAUGACACCAGCGAGUGUAACGCGUACGAAAAGAACAUUAACUGACACACCUCGUACUCCGAUCUCAGCAGGCAAAAGUAGUCUUGAGAGUGAUAUAUCAAAAGAGAUUGGACUCAAAGUAAUGAGCAUGUCUUUUAGCAAUGAUAAAUUAGGCUCUGAUGAUAGCAGCGAUGAGGACGAAGAUUCAUGUACGGAGGAUAAAGCUUUAGAAUAUAUUGAAAGAGACUCAAAAGAAUUAUCUUAUUCCUUUAAAUCUAAGGAAUUGGAAAUUGUAAGAGUCGCAUUUAGCGCGCCGCAUAUCUUUAUGACAUAUUAUGAGAAGGAGGAGAAAAGUAAGAAAACGGUCUUAACAAAAAAGGGAGCCGGUUGUCGGCAGUCUGGCCUAUGCCAGUGUCGCCAACAUUCGGCCAUCCUCACAUUGUGGACGCCCUCGGCCACCGUCACUCAAACUGACUAAGGUAGGCGGGCCUCCUCUUCUCCCUGACCGACCUCCGUGGUGGGUUGAGAGGUUCACU